AUGCUAAUUGCUACAAGUGGAACGGGAUCUAUGUUUAUGAACUGCAUGGUUCCUGAAAAGCCUACUGUUAUUUCUAUGAAAUUAGCUGAUAACAAGGAAACGCUGUCUUCUGCAAAUGUUCAUCUAUCAACAUUCGUCCAGAUUUCCGAAAGAAUACAAGAGAUUAGUCACAGUGACUCAAAGAGUGCCAUUACAUUUGUAGCUUCUGUUGCUAUUCUCGUGGUAGCCUCUGUAAUCAUCUUCCCCUCUGAUGGAGUCACUGAAGAUAUUCUGGCUGCCAUUUGCUCCCAAACUCAAAAUCAAGAAACUUGUGAGGCCAUUUUAGAGAGUGAUCCGCGUACCACCUCAGCUGACCUCCCUCUACUGUCUCUAAUAUCUCUCGAGCUUUUAUCGAAACAAGCUGAUAAAAAUCACAACAGUUUCGUUCAGUUUCGUGAUAAUUCUACCGAUCCGGAUCUGAAAAGGUCCCUUGGCAAUUGUGUGACAGAUUAUAAUGAUAUGCGGGGCAAGAUCAAGCUGGCUCACCAGUUGUCCCAUAAGAGACAGUACAAAAGAAUUCAUGAAUUAGGCCAGCUGAUAAAACUGGCUUACAAUUGUAAAAAUGGGCUCCCUUCAAACUCACCAACAUCUGGCAUCACUGAAACUAUGCUCCUGACGAGCCAAACUGCAGUUUAUGUCAAUCAAUUUCUGAUUACUUAUUUUAGCCAGCAGCCCUUGAACCUUGUUUGGUUGGAACCUGUACAAGGGUCAUCAUGGAAAAAUUAUCCUUCCACCAUUUUAAUUGGUAAAGUAAGUUCCUUUUGUUAAGUAUUCUUGUUGUAUUGUUUCUGCCAACAAGAAUUUGUUGGUUCCACUGUUGUGUUUCUGUUCUCUAUUGAGAGUCAGAUAUCUGCAUUUUCCUCUUGAUCGAUGUCCUAUGAUUGCUUACGGGCUUAAUCAAAGUCAAGUGAUUUCUUCA